AUGGCGACGGACGCCGGCGCGCGCGCGCCGGUGCCGGCCUGGAAGCAGAAACUACUGGAGAAGCGAAGCGCCGCGGCGCGCGGCAAGCGGCCCGGCGGCAGUUGGACAGGAGCCGCGACCGAGGGAGGGCACACCGAUCGCUACAUCACGGAGCGGGGCGCGAUCCUGGGCAUCGUGACUGGGCCGGGGCGUGACCGGAGUGGCGGCCAGUUCCGCACAGACUCCAGCGACGCAUGGCGCAAUAGGGAGCUCAAGAUGGGCGUCAGCGUGGCCUGCACCAACAUGGCGAUGGCGACGAACCCGAGCCGGCUUGCGCACAUGCGGCCCUACCGGCUGCUGAGACCGGCUGGUGGCGACAAGCCGCAGCCGGACGACUCGGACUCCAGCAGUGAGGAGCUGCGUUACGGACCCGGCAUCGUGUCGCGGCUCAAGGACCGCUAUAUCUCCAUCACGCUGCGCGAGUCGGUGGGCGUGCGGCGGCCGGCGCUGCGGCGCGUCACCAGCCUCGAGGACAUGCUCGACCAGGAGGGCGCCUUCCAGAACGGCGACGUCACGGACAGCUUCAUCCUGGAUGGGCGCGGCCGCGGCCGGCCCGACUCGAUGAAGCGGGCCAAGUCUGUGGGCGACCUGGCUUCCGGCCGGCCGGCGGCGGUCGCGCCGGAUGGAAGCCGGCAGCUGCAGCGGCGCGACCGGAAGGAACAGCCGCCGGCGAUAGCAACCGAAAAGAUAGUCAUCGUGGAGCAGACGCGGCCGCGGCCGCCGGCGCAUCCCGUGCUGGUACCGCCGAGCGACAAAGCCGUGCAGACACCGGACCCGCCGCCCGCCGAGAAGGACGCACUGCCAGCGCCCGAUACCGUACGCACCGUCAAGCGGAUGUUCGAACCGUCCCCGCGGCGUGUGGGCACGCGCCCGGCCGGCGACGCCAAGGGUGCGGCGGGUCUGCGGACUGGCAUGGACCGGCCGGGGCAGAGGGCCGCGCGACGAGCCUCCCCGGCCAGCCGACCGGCGUCGGCGGCGACCACACGCCUGGCGACGAAGACGGCUACCACCUCGUCGCUCAAGUCGUGUAUCCGUGACAAGGCGACGACGACCGGUGCUGUGAGGAGCCCGGCACUGAAGCCGUUCGUGUCUGUUACGGCUCCGGCGGCACCCGCGACGCCCACCUCGCCUUGCAGUCCGCCGGUUCCACUGGGCGGCCGUCAGGUCUCGCCCGCGACAGCGCCGGCCGGCUCCGCAGGCGACCGGCACGACAAGCUCACCUCCUGGAGCCAGCUGCGCCAGGGCGGCUCGCAAGCGGAUCACCCGGCCCCGGCCCCGACCCCGGCGCCGGCGCCGGCCGAGGCGACCUUGCCGUCCAGCCCGGCGCGGACCGCCGGCGGGGUCAAGAAGCCGCUGUCAAGGGAGUCGAGCCUGGAGCCGGCGUCGCCAACGUCGUCCCCGGUUCGGCGCCAGGUCGGCAUCAUCAAGCCCACCCGAAAGGUGGAACACCGCGACGAGUUCAACCGGCGCAAGAACGCACUCAACCACGUCAAGAACAGCGUGGUGGAGAAGGAGAUCGCCGUGGUUGGCACUGAGUAUCUCAAGAAGAAGGACUUGGAAGAGACGGCGUCGCUGAGCAAGCCCGCGCCUCCGCUGAACGGGACGAAGGAGCCGCCGGCGGCACGGGAGGAUGUGCCGCCGCCGGCGCUGCCGCCACGCAAGGCCGUGCUGGAGCCGAAGGAGACCUUGCCGCUGACGGUGGAUACGAUGCCACCUCGGCCGGCACCCUUCCAGGGCAUCAUCCUGAAGCCGGUGCCGAAGGCCGACUUCUGUCGCCCGACCGAGCAGGCGGCGCCGGAGCCGGCGCCGGCGCCCAAGCUGACCCUGAGCUCCGCGCAUGCGGCGAGGCCCGAUCCUGCGGCAGUCUCGAAGCCGGUGCCGGCGGUGGUGACCCGAUCCCAGCCGCCCCAGGCGCCGCCUCAGGCGCCGCCGGUGAACCGGCCGGCCGCCGCGCCGGUCAGCAAGCCCAAGUGGUACCAGGCGCCAGAUAGCAGCAUGGUGUUCAAUUUUACGCGGCGACAGGAAGUGCCAGACUACGUCGAAGACGACGGCCUCAUCCUGCGCCGCAAGCUGCCCAAGGUGGGCGACUCGGGCUACGUCAUCCUACCUGGCUUUGACCCCGGUCAAAGCUGUGACGAUGACCUGACCUCGAGUCUGGUGUCUGGGCCGCCAUCGCCUUGCAACGUUGUCUUCAUCAACGCUGACAUCAUCAUCUGUGGCAAAUCUAGUCUCAUGAAGAAGCCAAAGACGAGAAAGAUGGCGGUGUCGUUCAGUGUCAGCGGACCGUCUACACACGAGUAUCCUUCAGAGGCGUCGCUGAUUACCGAGCACACUGCCACCAGCAACGGUGGCUCCAGAGCGCCCAGCGCUUCCAAUGGUACCAUAGGGGGCCUGGCCAGCUACACGCCCAGCAAGCUGACAGCCGGCUCGGACUUUGAGCUGGGCGUGUCGCGCCUGGCGCCGGCGGCCCCGGUACGGCCCAGUGGGGCGGACGAGCGCCGCUCGCCGGACGAGUUCCUCAAGCCGGCGGACGAGUCGGAGACGGUGGUGUGGAGCUCGGAGACCUCUGCUGACAUUCUGUUUUAGAGUUGCGCGCUGCGGCCGCGGCGCGGCGCUAUGAUCGCUUGCGAUUCUGCGAGUCAUGCUUAUCGAAGCGGUCGCCUCGCGUAAGAUGCGCUGAUAGAGGUGAAGAGGGGCGCCGCGAGUUUUAGUUAUCCUGUGCUUGGCCGGGCAGUAGAUGCUGUGUUGUUCGCACUGUAUCGAAAAUAGCGCGUUUCGCUGUAGCGGAGUGUCUGAUUUGAGCGAACGCAUGUUGUCAUCGUAUUGUAACAGACAUCGCGCCAUUUUGUGUCAUGUUCUUGAUAGAUAUAUUUAUUAUAUAGAGAGCGUGAGAUUUUACACAAUUUUAUGCGGUUGAAAUGACGAUGAUAAAUAUAGAUGCUUUAAUUCGACUUUUUACCUCAUGGUGAUUUUCGCCCUUUCAAGAAGUGUGCCAGCUACCUUGCACUAUUG